CUCACGGGGCCGCCCCGGCGGGCGGGAAGAGCCGGGGCGGGCGGCGGCGGCGCCAUGGAGGAUGAAAUGCCCAAGACCCUCUACGUGGGGAACCUCUCCAGGGACGUGACCGAGGCUCUGAUCCUGCAGCUCUUCAGCCAGAUCGGGCCCUGCAAGAACUGCAAGAUGAUCAUGGAUACAGCUGGCAAUGAUCCCUACUGCUUCGUGGAGUUCUACGAGCACCGGCACGCGGCCGCAGCGCUGGCUGCCAUGAACGGCAGGAAGAUAAUGGGAGGUCAAAGUGAACUGGGCCACCACCCCCAGCAGCCAGAAGAAAGACACCAGCAGGCAAAACUGAUCUUUGCCAUCACACAGCGUUCACAAGACCAUUUCCACGUCUUUGUGGGGGACCUGAGCCCUGAGAUCACCACUGAGGACAUCAAAGCAGCCUUUGCUCCCUUCGGAAGAAUCUCGGACGCACGGGUGGUCAAGGACAUGGCCACGGGCAAGUCCAAGGGCUACGGCUUCGUCUCCUUCUUCAACAAAUGGGACGCUGAGAACGCCAUCCAGCAGAUGGGGGGCCAGUGGCUCGGGGGCCGGCAGAUCAGGACCAACUGGGCCACCAGGAAACCUCCAGCUCCCAAGAGCACCUAUGAGGCGAACACCAAGCAGUUGUGCUAUGACGAGGUGGUCACUCAGUCCAGCCCCAGCAACUGCACCGUGUACUGCGGGGGCGUCACCUCGGGCCUCUCAGAGCAGCUGAUGCGCCAGACCUUCUCCCCCUUCGGGCAGAUCAUGGAGAUCCGCGUGUUCCCCGACAAAGGCUACUCCUUCGUCAGGUUCAGUUCCCAUGAGAGCGCCGCCCACGCCAUCGUCUCCGUCAACGGCACCACCAUCGAGGGCCACGUGGUCAAAUGCUACUGGGGCAAGGAGAGCCCCGACAUGGCCAGCCCUGUGCAGCAGGGCCAGCUGAGCUACCCGCCGGCCUACGGGCAGUGGGGGCAGUGGUACGGCGGUGCCCAGCUGGGCCAGUACGUGCCCAACGGAUGGCAGGUGCCCACCUACGGCGUGUACGGCCAGGCCUGGAGCCAGCAGGGCUUUGGGCAGAGCCAGUCGUCGCCCCCCUGGAUGCCCCCUGGCUUCGGCGUGCAGGGCCAGAACGGCGCCGUGGUGCCCCCCCAGCCCGGGUUCCGCGUGGGCUUCGAGACCCCCUGACCCCCCCUGAGCCCCCCCAGCGCUGAGAUUGACCCAAACCCCCCCCUUUUCACCCCAGAGCCACCCCGGAUGCUGGAUCGCCCUCACCGCCGCCGCCUUCGCUCUUUUUUUGGGUUUGUUUUUAUUUUGAAAUGUGUUUUUUUACAAACACAAACUGCAGGGACUCGGCUGCCUCAGCUGAGAAUCGGGGCAGGAAUUGCACAAAGUCAUUCUUGGGGGGUUUGUUUUUGGUUUUUUUUUUUAUUUUGGGAUUUUUUUUCCCUCAGAAAGAGCUGGGAAAAAACCACCCCAAAAGAAGCCAAAAGUGUGGGGAUCUGGAGGUGCCUUCAGCCCCACAGCUCUGUUUGAAAGGAGCCUCUUGGAGGAGGCUUUUUUACCAGAGAAAUCUUCGUUUACAUCCUUUUCUUGUGGAUCUCAGUGUGUUUUUCAGGGUUGGGUUUUUGCCUUAUGCUGGGGAAAAAAAACAAAAUACAAAAAUAAAAAUAAAAAAGGGACUCAAAAGUGCCCAAAUAUCCCCACAUGAGCCAAGAUUCCCACCCUGGGACAGCAAAAUUCCUGUUGCUAAAACAGAUCCCUCCGGGGCUUGGUUGUUUUUUUUUUUAAUUUUUUACUGAUUUCUACAUUUUCCUGUACUGAUUCUGUAAAAUAUUCCGAGCAAAUUGAAGAAUUUUUGCACAACCUUCGGCCACUUUUGUACGUUUUCCUUAUUUAAAGGUAGGACACAAAGGAGCCUUUUGAUGUGAUUUAUGCCUCAAAUCUUCCUCUUUUUUUUGGUCCUUCUUUUUGUUGUGGAUAUGAGAUAUCUCUUGGAAUAUAAAGUUUUUAAUCCAUUGUGUAAAAUUCCCUCCGUAGCCCAGGUGUGUUUCACAAGGGAGUGAAGGUGAGAAGAGCUCCCAAACCUCAUCUAUCAGAGGCCAAAAAACGCCCUUUUUUAUCCUACCUCUCGCCCAGCCUUUAAAAAAAAAACACAAAAAACUCA